UUGUCUACAAUCUUUGUUGCAAAGGUGGUCAGGUUUCUAUCCCUCCUUUCAAGGAGCCCCCGCCAUUUCUCCGGGAGCUUCUCCAUUUUGAUGGAACUUCUCGUGCCAAGAAAUUCCUCCGAAAUAUACAUCAAUACAACUGUAUGUUCGCCUUCACCUCGAUGGGUGCUACUAUUGAUCGUUCGCUGAAUGCUUCUCGGGGUCCCAAGGUCUUUAAAAUUAGUGGCCAGGUGUCUCAUCGCAUAGGUUCUCUCUAGCCAAAAGACCCUAACACUCCUAAAUUUGCCGAGCUUUAUAUAUAUGAUCCAGCAAAUGAGGUUGCCCAUAGGAUGCGUGCUUUAAAUCCGGAUGAUAACCCUGUGGACCAAAUAGAUGAGGAUAUAGUGGUUGGCCUGAGAGAUAUGCUUAAUGAGUUCAAUCCAUUGGUACAGAAAUUUAGAGAGGCAAGUAAAAUCAUAGAAGAUAGUGGCGAUGAGCCUAUCGAAGAAAUUUCCAUACGAAUCAUUGGUCCUUCCGAUGGUGAUGGCCCACAGUUCAGUUUGCCCACGUCUGCGAGGCUUGCUGCUUUGAUUGUGGGUGACCUUACUGUUGAAACCUCUGCACGCGAUAUAAUUAUUUCCAGCCAUUCGGAAGGCAUGCAACAAAUCGCUUCUCUUAAACCUGCCUUUAUGCCUUUGCAGUAUCCCUUGCUUUUUCCGCGUGGGGAAAUGGGGUUUCAGAUAGAUGUUCCUUAUAUGUCUGUUCAGCUAGCUGAUGAUAUCGAUGUGCCUGGUAGUACUGGGAAUGUUGGUACGUCUCCUGGUUCAUUGCCAGUUGCCGCUCGUGGUAGUGCACCUACUAAAAAUACACGUAGAAAGAUGACCAUGCAGGAUUACUAUCGUUAUGUAUGCCAUUAUAGAGGUGACCAGCCAAACCCAUUCUUGUGUUAUGGUCUUUUGUCGUCCCAGGCUGUUGUUGAUGCACGAGCUUGCAUUGACGAAAACAGACUAUGGUACAUACUGAGAAACCAAGAUAAACUUAGAUCUGAGCAUAUGCAGGGCAUCACCGAUGCCGUUGGUGGUGGUUGUGUUGAUGGUGCGACUCUAGGUAAAAGGAUUAUCCUGCCUUCGAGCCACACCGGUGGUCAUCGUUACUUUCAGGAGAACUUUCAAGAUGGCCUUGCCAUAUGCCGGGUGCACGGUGCACCUGACAUAUUCACCACUUUCACCUGCAACCCCAAGUGGCCAGAAAUUACACAGACGCUAGAACCAGGACAAAAACCACAUGACAGGGAAGAUAUUGUUAUCAGGGUUAACCACAUGAAGUUGAUUGAGUAUCUCCAUGAUAUUACGUCCGGAAGAGCCUUUGGAAAAGUAAAGGCUGUGCUUUAUACUGUUGAGCACCAGAAGCGGGGACUACCUCAUGCUCACAUACUCAUCUGGCGGAAGGGAGAACAAGAUGGCGAUCGUUGCUUUAGAUGAGCUUGUACAAGGAAAUAGCAACGAUUCAGUCUGUGUGUAUGUCUCACGACUAUGGAACCAUCGUGGAGGCACUGACACUGGUCCGAUCAAGCACACUGACAGGG